GCACUUCCGGUUGGGUUUGGUUUGGUUUUGUGUGUGUGUGUGUGUGUAAGGUGUGUGUGUGUGUGUGUGUGUGUGUGUGUAAGGUGUGUGUGUGUAAGGUCUCGCGCUGUAGCGGUGCGGGUGAAGCUGCAGCUCCAUCAUGGUGAAGAUCAGCUGCGCGACCAUAAACGGCAUUAAAGCCGAGAAAGAGGAGCGCGAGGAACCGGAGCACAGCUACAUCCCGCCGCAGCACGUGGGCGUGUACCGGCGCUCAUCUCUGAGUGGACUCUGUUGUUUACUGAUCGCUCUCAUCAUCAGCACCUGCAGCCUGGUGUACGCCUCCAUCUACAUCUACCGCUAUUAUAUCAUCCCUCAGGCGGAUGAGUCUCAGUUCCGGUGUAAUGUGUAUUAUGAAGACACCCUGAAGGCACCUCUGAAGCACGAUCGAGAGGAACUGCAGGAGAAUGUCAACAUCAACCUGCAGAACAACUACGAGAGAAUCAGCAUCAAUGCUGGCAACACAAACCCACACACACGUCCUGCCACCAUCAUACAUGACUUCAACAAGGGUCUGACUGCAUAUCAUGAUAUCACUCUGGAUAAGUGUUACAUCAGCGUGCUGAACAGCAGUGUCGUUCUGCCACCAAGGAACCUGUGGAAACUCCUCAUCAAUGUCAAACUGAGAACCGGCAAUGAGGCCUCUCUCCCGCAGACGUACAUGGUUCAGGAGGAGAUGGUGGUGUCUGAGCAGGUGAUGAACACACGUGUGUUUGGUGUGUUUAUCCACAGACUGUGUGAGGGGAAACCAACCUAUCAGAUCAGACGCCGCCUCACACGCCGCCGUAUCGCCAAGCGAGAGGAGCAGAUCUGUCACUCGAUCCGACACUUUGAGAACACGUUCGUAAUGGACACGCUGAUUUGUGAUGCGCCCUGAACCUUAACUUCAACCUCACAUCACUCUCAUUUCCUCUCCUAAUGACUAGUUUAUUUAUUUCAUGCUUUAAUUUAUAAAAGUGCUUCCAUUAAUCACAUUAAUCACCCCGUAGCACUCUGUGUGUGUGUGUGUGUGUGUGUGUAUACUGACAUUAAAUUACUAUCUUGUGAUAAUAGACCAACUAUUUCUGGUGUAAUAUAAAGUAUAAUCUUGAUAUAAGAACAUGUUCACCUGCACAUUGAACCACAUUUUAAAAUAGCAUUAGCUGGCUAAAAGUAACCAUGGCAACCAUUGAAAACACAUUUGACUUUCCCACAUGUACGGGGAAGUUUAGUAAUGAUAGUUUACCAUGUGGUGGACAUGAAUAUCACAGUAUGUUGUAUAAUGGAUUAUUAGCACAGGACCAGUUUAUACUCAAGGUUUAUUUCUUUCUGUCCUGGACUAUGCACUCAUUCAGUCCAUGUAGCACUUAAUAUCCUGUAACCGUGUUCAUUUGUCUGUAUCAGCAGUCUGAUCGAUUGUUAUUUCUAUAGCUAGAAUAUUUAGUUCGUCUUUACACUGCAUGAAUUUUACCACAUUAAACAGUGAAUAAUUGAAUCUCAAUGUAAAAAUCUAUUUAAAUGUGGACUGUGUGACAUUUCAAACUGAGCCUUCUCCUAAUCUGAGUAAUGUAGCUAAACAUCUGAGCAAAUAAAGAAAUUACACACGUGAA